GCCAACGCCCAUGUGAGUUGUAGCUUCCACAAGGGUGGGUGAGAAAUCCAGAGAAGACAGCCGUGAAGAUGGCCUGCCUUCUCCUGUUUCUCCAGUUGUUAGUGUCUCAGCACUUUACCUCUGCUGCUGUCGUAGUGCCGCAAGUAGGCAGAUCCGAACACAGCCGCAGUCUGUUGGACAGGUUAGUCGACAGCAUACUUACUGACAACGACGCCGAGCUCAACAACGCUCUCAGGGAUGUAAGAGCCGCCAAACGUGAGGCGAAAACACCAGCUGACACCGGUGUCCCCAUGGACGCUCAAGGGAUCGACAUGAACAAAGUCAUUGUAAAAAGGGCGGCCCCAGCUUUCCUGGCCUCGGCAGCGAGCCAGGUCGGCGAGAAGGUAGUGAACCAGCUUGGCGACAGGAUAGCAGAAGGCGUGGUUGAGGACCACAAAGAGAAAGUGGUCAACUCCCUCCAGGACUACUUCGGGAAGCAGCUAGACAGUUUCGAUGAGCAGUACAAGGACGUUCUGGGGCAAACCAAUAACUUAGCUGCAGGCUUGAGUCAACCAGUUGAAGAGGCUGAUGUCCGGGUUCUCCCUAUCAGCAGGGGGGAUAACCUGGGAAACACGUUUGUACCCGCUGGCUAUGAAAUCAGCCACAAAUAUCACUAUGCGGAUGAAACGGAUGACGAGCAAGACAGUUCCACAGCCGCUGUUUCAGCCUACAGCUACCCGGUCGGACUGGGCCCCGUUCUUAUGAACGGUUGUUUCGGGACCGGUUACGUCAAUGGAGACCCGUGUUGGGAGGCCAAGAUCCCGAGAGAGAGUUGUCCGAACCUGAUAGACGGCGCGACGUUCCUGGGUGUGGGGUUCGACGGUAGAGGAGAAUACUCCGCAGAUUCCAGGAAGAGAAGCAUCGUACAACGGUCCUGCAACGGCCUGCAAACGUAUGAAGAUCACGAGGUUCCUGACACGAUGACAGUUCAAGGUGUUUAUGACACUGAUGUAGAGUCCAACACCUUUGCCUCUAUGGAGGGGUACAGGGAGUAUCUGGAGCAGAAAUCUGCCGUCACUUCUGCCAAGGCCAUGUUCCAACAGGAGCUGAACAAGGCGGCCGGGUACGGGGCAGGAGGCGGGAUCUUCGGGCUCGGCGGCUCGGCGGGAGGCGGGUUUUCUGACCAGAGUGCCCGGUCUGACCAGUCGUCCAACUUCGGAGCGGGGUCCCAGGCCGAGGGCCGGCUGACCGACAAGAAUACACAGACGUACAUGGCGCUGUUGGAAAUCAACGUCUUCAGGUACGAGAUCUUCAUGGACGAUGUAGAACCGGCGGACCUGAACCUGGCCUUCCUGCGGGACUUCCUCAAGCUGCCGGUGUCCUACUUCUCCAUCGGGGCUGACCAGCAGUUCCAAAACUUCAUCCUACGCUACGGAACACACUACAUUAGGUCGGCCAAGUUCGGAGGACAACUGAAGAUCAUCAAGACCAAGGAGGCCAGCUCAGACCUGUCCAUCCAGGCGUUCUCGGAGAGAGCACAGACGGAGUGGAAGAAAUCCUUCAGCACCUUCUCUGCAGAGUCGAGUCAGACCAAGUCCAGCAGCUGGUGGCAUGAGCACGAGACCAGGAAGGAGUCCCAGCAAGCCGAGGGAGAGGUCAGCGCUGGUUCAGAGGGAACAGCCACACAGAGCCAGGCCGAGAAUUU